CAAACCCGCCUGCAACCUUAAACCCGGGGGGUCUUCGUCUUUCCAGUUUCCACAACUGCUCCUAGGGCAUUUUCUCGUACAAACACCACAAAAAUCACAAUCAAAGUUUCAGGUGCCCCGUCACUCACGGCGGCCAGCACCAGCCGCCGCCCAUCUCCCCUCCCCCCGCCGCCGAUUUGUAGGAUCCCGACAUAUGAGACGAAUAUGGGUUCACAAGAGAAGGACAAAACGACCCCCCAUCACUUGAGCAGUCUCGUCGUGCGCACCAGCACUGACUACAGAACCGACGAGCUUCACCGCGCCCCGGCUCCCCCGUACUCUCGAAGCAGACCAUAUAGAAGAACUCACUCUCGCUCUAUAUCUCCCGUUCGUCACAAUCGCCGCUUUAGUAAUCCCUCUGACAGAAGAGGCCCACCAUUUUCCCGUGGGCCUGUAAACAAGAGAGAACCCCGAGGCAGGUAUCGCGAUUACUCUCCCUCUCCCCCAUACGAACGCCAUGUUAAGGAUGAUUUUGGUAGGUUUGGUUCUGCUUCUGCACGUGAGCCUCAGCCGUUGAGAUCCCAGGGUCCAAGUCAUAAAAUUAGCAACAGAAACAAUCCAAACGUGCGGCCGAGGGAAGGUGACUGGAUCUGCGCGGACCCCACGUGCGAGAAUCUGAAUUUCGCCAGACGUGACAGCUGCAACAGUUGUGGCAGGCCACGUUUUACUGCUUACUCCUCUCCGCCUGGAAGGGGCCCGUUUGAUCAUUCCACUAGCAGGGUUCGAGGCUGGGGCCCACCGUCAAGAAAUGAGGUCAGCAGGUAUAAUGGUUCUCCUCCCAUGGCUAGGGAUUGGGAGCAAAGAGGUGGUAAGGAGAGGAGAGAGUGGUCUCCUUGGGAGUCGGAGGCUUCUCGUGUUGAUCACUGUAAGGAGAGGAGAGAGUGGUCUCCUUGGGAGUCGGACACUUCUCGUGUGGUGAAGGCUAGGAGUCGAUCCCCAGUUAGAGGUUGGCCAAGGACUAAGGAGUAUAGGCAGAGUGAUGUGUACCCUAGUGAGGAACGAGUCGUGGUGCGUGGACGUGGGAGUGGGAGGGAUGUUAAAGAUGAUGAUGAUAGCAGAUUUGUAAGCCAG